GAAUGUGGAGGGCAUGGAGUUUGGUAAGCUCUUCAGGGGCUCUCAGUCCAAGGCGAUGCAGUACAUGUUCUUCGCCGAGCGACAGUGCUUCAAGAUACCAGGCUUGGAGUCCAAGCCCAAGCCCUUGAACAGCGCUGGCAUCAUUGGUGCUGGACUCAUGGGUGGAGGUAUUGCCAUGUGCUGCGCGGAGGCUGGAAUGAAGGUAGUGCUUUUGGAUGUCGACCAGAAGAACCUCGAGCGAGGCAUGAGCGUGAUCCAGCGGAACUAUGCCAGAAGUGUUGAAAGGAAGUCCAAAUCUCAGGAGCAGGUCGACAAGCUCCUGGCCAACAUCACCGCCUCCACCUCCUACGAUUCGCUCUCGCAGUGCGACAUCGUGGUGGAGGCAGUGUUCGAGAACAUGGACCUGAAGAAGAAGAUUUUCGCUACGCUGGACCAGGUUUGCAAGCCAGGCACUGUCUUGGCUUCCAACACCAGCUACCUCAAUAUUGAUGAGAUUGCAGGUGCCACCAAGAGACCCCAGGAUGUCAUCGGCUGCCACUUCUUCUCCCCCGCAAACGUUAUGCGCCUACUUGAGAACGUGAGGGGACCGCGCACUUCCCCGGACACCAUCGCCACCGCAAUGGCCUUUGGCUCCAAGCUGAAGAAGGUCACGUGCCUGGUCGGGAACUGCAGUGGCUUCAUUGCCAAUCGAGUCAUGGGCGUCUCUGGAUUUGGUUAUCUACUUCACAAAGGUCUGUUGCCACACGAGAUUGACGAGGCGGCAGAGGCAUAUGGCAUGCGCAUGGGCCCGUCUCGGAUGAACGACCUGGUGGGGAUCGAUCUCUUUGGCCGCGAGCGCGCCAA